CGACACAUGUACCAGACGCAUGCAUGUGAACCUUCGGGAGACAGAUGAAAGAGACCAGCUCGAAGUGAAGACCGCGAAGCUCUCGAUGGGUAACCAUCCCAACAUGACCCGUGAACACACGGUCAGUAACUGGACCGCCGUGAGGAGAGACGCGGGCUUCGAGGGUCCGGCGCUCGCGCUGCUCUCGGUCAUGAUGGUCAUUCUGAUUGCUGUGAUUGUGUGUGGAAACGCGUUGGUCAUCGUCGCCUUCAAGAUGGACAAGAGUUUGCGCAAACAGAGCAAUUAUUUCCUGCUAAACCUGGCCAUCUCAGACUUUCUCGUUGGUGCGUUCUGCAUACCCGUGUAUAUGCCCUACAUCCUGACAGGGAAAUGGAUGCUGGGUAAAGGACUUUGCAAGCUGUGGCUGGUCGUAGACUAUCUUCUCUGCACUGCGUCUGUCUUCAACAUCGUACUUAUCAGCUAUGACCGCUAUCUCUCCGUUACAAAAGCGGUAUCUUAUCGUGCCAAACAAGGAAUGAUACACUUUGCAGUGGUGAAGAUAGCAGCGGUUUGGAUUUUAGCCUUCCUCCUCUAUGGACCGGCCAUCUUAUUCUGGGAGCACCUGACAGGCAAGAGCCGUGUGCCGGACGAUGAGUGCUUUGCUGAGUUCUACUACACCUGGUACUUCCUACUUUCUGCUUCAGUGGUCGAGUUUUUCUUACCGUUUUUUUCUGUGGCUUUCUUCAACAUCAGCAUCUACCUCAACAUCCGUCAGAGGAGACUUGGCAGCAAGAGAGAAUCCUGUUCUCCAAAGAGCCAGGACGCUACAAAUCUGUACGGGGAGAAAGCACGCAUGAGCAUCCAAAUCUGCUGGAACUCCAUGAUGCUCAAGAAGAAAAGUGCAGCAGACGGCGAGAAGCGCUCAGAGAACGAUGGUCUGUCGAUGCGGUGUGUCCAGCGCUCACGUCUGAGGCAGGACAAAAAGAUUGCUAAAUCUCUGGCCAUAAUCGUGUGUGUUUUUGCGGUGUGCUGGGCGCCGUACACUCUGUUAAUGAUCGUGCGAGCGGCAUGCAGAGGAGACUGCGUGUCCCAUCACUGGUAUGAGGUGACAUUCUGGCUGCUGUGGCUGAACUCAGCGAUCAACCCAUUCCUCUACCCACUGUGCCACAGCAGCUUCCGAAGAGCCUUCUUCAAGAUCCUCUGCCCACGACAGAGGUCCAACAUACCACUGACCGCCCAUUCAUCCAGCACACACAGAUAGUUUGAGUGAUCAGAGGACAGCACACAUGUACUGAAAUAGCAUGUACAAAGAGGAUUUAAGUGCCUAUGUAUGGAAAGGAAUGUUCCAGGUUCAAUACAAGUCUGUCAACUGCAUUUGUGGCAUAAGAGGUGUUUACCUGACACCAAUUUUAACUUAAAAUGGAAAGCUUUUUAUGUGUUUUGGGUGCCAGAAAAUGCAAACUUUUGAAAACAUGUUUUAAAGUGCAAGUGUGCAGUAGGGGUGGGCGAUAUAGCCUCAAAAUUAUAUCACGAUAUUUCAAGAAUAUUUGCGAUGAUAUUUAUUACGAUAUAGAAAAAAAUAUGGAACAACGUUUUAUUGGUGAUUGCAGCUGGCAGGCAGCAGUAUGUAUUAGUGCAAACACAAUGAAGGGCAUUUUCCAUCCUUUUCCAAUGAGCUACUGUCAUUGAUGACAGACUAAUUCGAAGUGUAAAUCUAUUGUCAUAUGGUGGCAGAAGCAGCAUUAUAGUGCAAUAGUAGUGACCAGUGUAGGGCAAGUUUCUUUAAAAAAAUAUAUAUUAUUUUUAAAUAUUGAACACUAAUACAAAACAACAAAUGUAAAAAUACUUAUUUAACACUGUACAUUUUUUAACAUUCUAACAGACAUUGCUGAAAAUCUCCUAGAUUCUGUGAACCGUCUGUGGGUGGAGCAUCCACUCGUCCGAGGGGACAUUGCUCCGAUAUAGCAUGUCUGCUCCCUGGUUCAGCCUGCCUGGCACAUGCGUUGUUUCAGUAAACACAAGUUGAGCUGAGCCCAUUCCAAGAGGCAUUCUACCAGAAUGAAGAGGCGUUUCGAGGAUAGACUGCCCUGGCGAUCCAAUUUUGAAUGAGUCUGCAAGCUGCUGAAUUACCAGUACAUAUUCUGGCGUGACUACCACCCUCAUUUGGGCUGAGCCGAGAACUGUUCCCAGGAACGAUAUCCAUUGGCUGGGGGACAGUGUACUCUUGGCAAAAUUGACCCUGAGUCCCAGGCAUUCUGAGGAGGAAGGAUCUGUGAGAUAGUAGCUCGUCCUCUGACUGGGCCAGAUUGAGCCAUUCGUCGGGGUAAUUCAGAAUGUGGAUUCCCAUCUGUCUCAGUGGGGAAACUUUUUACUUUGUAAAAGUGCAAGGAGCUAGGGACAGUCCAAAGGGAAGGACCAUGUAUUGAUAAGCAACUCCCUCAAAGGCGAAUCUUAAGAAUCAUCUGUGGUGGGUGGCUAUCUGGAUGUGAAAGUAGGUGACUUUCCAAUCCAGUGAAAAGAACCAGUCCCCCGGCACACUUGCGAGAGGACCUGUUUCAAUGUAAUCUUUCUGAAAGGCCGUUUCACGAGGGCGCGGUUCAGGUGUCUGAGAUCGAGGAUGGGUCUUUGUCUGCCAUCCUUUUUGGGGAUAAGGAGCUAUUGUCUGUAGAAUCCUGACUCGCUCUGAGCUGGGGGAACCAUUUCUAUGGCUCCUUUCACCAGCAAAUUUAUC